GUACUUCCUCUCCCCUCAUUCUUUAAUGCUCUGUGAAUAGCCCUGUGGCCGUGGCUUUGUCCAAGUCAUUGUCGUUCGGCUUAGAGAGCCUCUUUGCCAAGUGAGAGGCUUUGCCGACAUAUGUCACUUCAGUGAAUCUCCCAUAGCUCCUUUAGCCGCUUGAGUGGAGGGGCGGACGAGAGGCGUUCACUGGGCGAAAAAUAAGCAACAUGAAGGGUGAGCUGGAAUGCUCACUGUCUGUUCCUGUCCGGUGUGCCUGAACUUGCACAGCACAGAUUUCUGACGCAUUUAAAUGGACUUUCAGUGCAGGUGAUUUGCUCACAGCCUAUAGGCAUCCACAGUUGAAAGAUUUCAGUCCUAUCCCUCUAAGUGUUGACAGCUAUCCGCUGAUCUAGUGGGUCAAAGCUGUGGUGCUGUCAGUAGUGUCGCCUGCUCUCCUGGACAGUCUCUGCUCAACGGCGGUGGAGUGAUGAGGUCGCUGUGGAGCUUGGGCCUUGCUUUCCUCUUGGCCUUGACCUCCAGGGCCGGAGGACUCGAUAUCCCCCUGGAAGUGGAGCAGCUACCGACCAUAACAGUGCAGACCGCUGGCCCUGUCAUUGCCUUACCCUUUGAAGGCAGUUUUUCCAUGAGAUGUGAAGCCAAAGGCAACCCACAACCAGUAUACAGAUGGACAAAAGAUGGCCAGGCCAUAGAUCCCCUCUUCGACUUGGGGGUCAAAAAAGAGAGAAACAAUGGGAGUUUUGUGAUUCAUAGCGGGCGCCUUGCGCAGUUCCAGGGGAUGUAUCAGUGCUACGCUUCAAACAAUCUGGGAACAGCAGUAUCAGAGGAAAUUGAACUCAUUGUACCAAGUACCCCAAAGUUCCCCAAAGAGAAGAUUGCCCCAAUAGUUGUCAAAGAGGGCCAGCCUGUGAUUCUGGAAUGCAAUCCACCACAGGGGAUCCCUCCACGAAAGAUCUACUGGAUGACUAUUGGUCUCCAACAUAUUGAACAGGAUGAGAGGGUGUCCAUGGGCCAUGACGGCAACCUCUACAUCUCCAACGCCCUGGAGAAGGAUAGCCGGAGAGACUACUGCUGCUUCGCUGCAUUCUCCGUCAUACGGACCAUCGUUCGGAAGACAGCCAUGUCGGUGGUCGUCAAGAGCUCCUAUGCCAUUCCAGAGAGAAGACCGAGCCUUCUGGUACCCUCUGGUGUUCAGUCAGAGGUACAUCUGCUGAAAGGAGAGGAGCUGGUGCUAGAGUGUAUAGCAGAGGGAUUUCCAACUCCUGUGAUUGAAUGGACAAAAAGGACAGAGAAGCUACCGAAACGGGCAAAUCUAAAAAACUAUGGGAAACGUUUAACCAUUAAUAACAUUGAAGAGGAGGAUGAUGGGAAGUACACGUGUGAGGCGAGGAACUCUGUUGGAGUCACAGUCCACAACUUCAACGUCAUGGUGGAGGAGCCACCAAGAUGGCAGCCGGAGCCACCCAAGGGCCAGUUGGCUGUUGUUGGCUCUGACGUGCACAUCAAGUGCUCUGCCUCGGGAAAGCCAAGGCCGGUUAUCUCAUGGAGGAAGAACGGACAGCCUCUGGACGAUGGCCCGUCAUCGAACAGACAAGUGCUUGAUGACACCAUGGUGUUGCACAGGGCCAGGCCUGAGGACAGUGCCGUCUACCAGUGUGAAGUCUCCAACAGACAUGGCACCAUCCUGGCUAAUGCUAACAUCAUGAUCAUAAAUCUCCCACCUCGGAUGCUGACUAAGGAUUACCAGCGAUAUUCAGUAGUGCAAGGGAGGGACAUCAUCAUGGACUGCAAAGUAUUCAGCUCUCCUCCAUCCACUGUUUCCUGGAACAAGGAUGACACUACGGAAUCUGUUGAGGGGGAACGAUUCUCAGUUUUUAAGAAUGGAUCGCUGCAGAUUAACCAGGCAGGGAAAGAAGACAGUAGGGAAUAUGUAUGUUUAGCCACCAAUUCGGAGGGAAAAUCAGCCAUCACAGCCUUGUUGGACGUCAAAGAUCCCACCCAAAUCGUGGAGCCGCCGCAGGACCUGCACAUAUUAAGUGGAACCACAGCCCAGCUUACAUGCCAAGCAGAGUAUGAUAUAUCUCUUAGGAACGAGUUUCAAAUAGUCUGGAGCAAGGAUGGGGAAGAGAUACCCCCAUUCACAGAACAGUCCAGAUAUUUUCUGGAUGAUGGAAUGCUACAAAUUAUCAAUGUAAACCAAAGCGACAAGGGAACAUACACAUGUACCGCCAGAACCAAUCUAGACCAGGACACCGCCUCUGCACUUGUUACUGUACUGGAUGUCCCUGAUGCGCCAGAGGAUGUGGAGCUGUCUGAACAAAAGACCUGGAGUGUCCGGUUGGCCUGGGUACCCGGUGACGACCACAACAGCUCUGCCACUGAGUUCGUAGUGGAGUACGAGGAGAGUCAGUGGGAUCCUGGGACCUGGCGAGAACUCCAGCGAGUCCCUGGCAACCAGGUCACAGCUUUGUUGACAUUACACGGCCACCUGAACUACCAGUUUAGAGUGUAUGCAGUUAAUGGCAUUGGGAAAGGGCCCCCAAGCAACCCCACAGACCGAUACAAAACCCCUCCUGCAGCUCCUGAUAAAAACCCAGAAAACAUCAAAAUUCAGGGUCAUCUGCCCCAUCAAAUGGAUAUCAGUUGGGAGCCACUAUUGCCUGUGGAGCACAAUGGUCCAGGCCUGGAGUACAAGUUGAGCUACAGGAAACUGGGAGUAGAAGAUAUCUGGAAAGAGCAUCUUGUCAAGAGACACGCCUUUGUCAUCAAGAACACCCCCACAUUCGUCCCCUACGAGAUCAAGAUCCAGAGUCGCAACAGUCACGGCUGGGGCCCAGAACCCAAAGUAGUGACAGGGUACUCCGGGGAAGACUUGCCUACAGCUUCCCCACAGGACGUGGCAGUGGAGGUGUUGAACACCACCCUUCUCAGAGUCAGUUGGACCAGGGUUGCCCAGGCAACAUUGCGGGGUCAUCUGGGAGGCUACAAUGUGCACUGGCUGAGGAAACGGAGUCUCCUACAUUCCAACAGAAUUCCUGAGGAGAGACAUUUCCUGACGUUCCCAGGGAACAGGAGCCAUGCCAUGGUACCUGGCCUCAGACCCUUCUCGGAGUACAGACUUACCGUCAACGUCUUUAACAAAAGGGGCAACGGCCCCAAUAGUGACCCCGUCACCUUCCAGACUCCAGAAGGAGUUCCCGAACAAGUGCCCAUUCUGACAGUGUCAAACGCCCAGAGAGACUCUAUCACCCUGGUGUGGGCACCCCCCUUUGAGGCCAACGGCAUCCUUACGGGAUAUCUCCUGCAGUACCAACUCAUAAAUGAGACGUUGGCGAUGGGGGACAUGCAGGAGGUGAACGUCAGCAGUGCCGACACCACCCAGUGGCUCCUGAAGGGCCUGGAGGAGAUGAGCAAGUACAUGUUUUACUUGAGCGCCUGCACCAGGGUGGGUUGCGGACCUCAGCGCAUGGAGGAGGGUAGCACGGUCACAGAAGCAAGUUUGGCCAGUCUUCACUUGGGAGUUUCCACCCAGGGCUGGUUCAUCGGGAUGAUGUGCGCUGUGGCUCUCCUCACCCUCACCGUGCUCAUCGCAUGCUUCGUGACCCGCAACAAGGGUGGCAAAUACGCAGUAAAGGAAAAGGAGGAUUUCCACCCUGAAGUUGAGUCCCAGGGCAUGAAUGAUGACACAUUCUGUGAUUACAGUGAGGAAAACCCACUGAAGGCUAGCCAAUGUUCCCUGGAUCGGGGCAUGGGAGGGGACAGCGACUAUGGGGACGAAGAAGAAUGCCAGUUUAACGAGGAUGGCUCAUUUAUCGGUGAAUACUCUGGCCACAAAAACAGAGGCUCUGUAAGACCCAGCCCAGUCACUGCGUGAAGAGACAAAUGCUUCCUUCGGACUUCCCUCUGAAGGGUGUGUGACAACAAAAGGAAAUGAAUGGCAUCAUCUGUGUGAUGCAUGACAUUGAUCAGAAAUGUUAAAUUCCUGUCAAUCACAAUUGUAUAUGAUGCAUAUUUAUUUUGUACCUCCACAUUGUGACGGAUUCAUUAGGAAAUGUUUUCACAUUCUGGUAGACAGGAUUGGACAUCUGCAGUUUCAAUAUACAGUACCAGUCAAAAGUUUGGACACUUUAUUUUCACUAUUUUCUAUAUUGUAGAAUAAUAGUUAAGACAUCAAAACUAUGAAAUAACACAUAUGAAAACAUGUACUGUAGUAACCAAAAAACAAAAUCAAAUUAUAUUUUCUAUUUUAGAUUCUUCAAAGUAGCCACCCUUUUUUUUACGACAGCUUGCACAUUCUUUGCAUUCUCUCAACCAGCUUCACCUGGAAUGCUUUUCCAACAGCUUUGAAGGAGUUCCCACAUAUAUUGAGCACUUGUUGGCUGCUUUUCCUUCAGUCUGUGGUCCAACUCAUCCCAAACCAUCUCAAUUGGGUUGAGGUACGGUGAUUGUGGAGGCCAGGUCAUCUGAUGCAGCACUUCAUCACUCUCCUUCUUGGUCAAAUAGCCCUUACACAGCCUGGAUGUGUGUUAGGCCACUGUGCUGUUGAAAAACAAAAUAUAGUCUCACUAAGCACAAACCAGAUUGGAUGGCGUAUCGCUGCAAAAUGCAAUGGUAGCCAUGCUGGGGAAGUGUGCCUUGAAUUCUAACUAAAUCACUGACUGUGUCACCAACAAAGCACCAUCACACCUCCUCCUCAAUGCUUCACGGUGGGAAUCACACAUGUGGAGGUCAUCUGUUCACCUACUCUGUGUCUCAAAACAUGGCGGUUGGAACCAAAAACCUCCAAUUUGGAUUCAUCAGACCAAAGGACAGAUAUCCGCCGGGCUAAUUUACAUUGCUCGUGUUUCUUGGCCCAAGCAAGUCUUUUCUUGUUAUUGGUGUCCUUUGGUAGUGGUUUCUUUACAGCAAUUCAACCAUGAAUGCCUGAUUCACACAGUCUCCUAUGAACAGUUGAUGUGUCUGUGACUUUUAUUUAGGCUGCUUUCUGAGGCUGGUAACUAAUGAACUUAUCCUCUGCUGCAGAGGUAACUCUGGGUCUUCCUUUCUUGUGGCGGUCCUCAUGAGAGCCAGUUUCAUUAUAGCGCUUGAUGGUUGAACUUGCACUUGAAUAAACUUUCAAAGUUCUUGAAAUGUUCCGUUUUGACUGACCUUUAUGUCUUAAAGUAAUGAUGGACUGUUGUCUCUCUUUGCUAAUUUGAGCUGUGCUUGCUAUAAUAUGGACUUAAUAUGGGCUAUCUUCUGUAUACCACCUGUCAUGGUUCCUCCUGGUACCAGAGGGAGGCAGGUGUGUCUUAUUAUUUCAUAAUUGUGUCCCUGCUUAAAGAGGUGUGUUUUCUGUGGUCCUUUGCAGAAGCUUGAAUUGUUUACUGUGUGCAUUUGUUUCCUGAGUGAAUUUUCGAUACUUAGCGUUUGUUGUUUUUUAUGGUCUCUUUUCUGCACCUGGGUCCAACCUUACCACGUCACACCACCCCUACCUUGUCACAACACAACUGAUUGGCUCAAACGCAUUAAGAAGGAAAGAAAUUCCACAAAUUCAUUUUCCACAAGGCACUCCUAUUAAUUGAAAUGCAUUCCACGUGACUACCUCAUGAAGCUGUUUGAGAGAAUGCCAAGAGUGUGCAAAGCUGUCAAGGCAAAUGGUGUCUACUUUGAAUAAUCUCAAAUAUAACCUGGAUUUUGAUUUAACAAUGUUUUGGUUGCUACUUUUUCCACAUGUGUUAUUUCAUAGUUUAGAUGUCUUUCUUAUUCUACAAUGUAGAAAAUAGUAAAAAUAAAGAAAAACCCUUGAAUGAGUAGGUGUGUCCAAACUUUUGACUGUUACUGUAAAUACACUAUAUAUAUCUUUAAAAAGAAAAGGUAGACAGCAGACACAUAUAUCAUUAAUAACGAUGCAUGAUUUCUUAUGUUUUUACUUUCUUAGAAAAGGUCAACAGAUAUGAGGCAUAAACAUUCUUUAUACCACGGUAUUGUUGAAUACUUGUUUCUGAUUGGCUUGUAUGACAUUCUAGAGUGUGUAUUAUGUAAGGGAUAAUCAAUGAGUUGCUCUGCGUUCUAUGGAAAAUAAUGAAGGACCUGGAAGUUGUGUUCCAUGAUAUGCAGGGUGGAAUUGACCUUCCAUUGAGUUGGAUUAUUUUCCAGAAAACCCAGAGUUUAUAAUCCCUUUCAUACCAGGGCUAUAAUUUAGCACAUUUGCCACUAGAAAUGUGUUAAUUUGCUGGUAUACAUUUUUUUUAUUAAACUUUUGCUUUCAAAAGCAGCUCAAACCGAACAUGUAAGACUUAACUAUAGCCAUCGAAUUCUACCGAGAUAAUGUAGUGUGAGCUACAAGGUCUAAUCGUGAAUGCUGAUUGGUUAAAACCGUAAAUGGUGUCUAUUCCACCAUUUACCACCAGCUAAAUCUAUGAUGUUAAAAUGCCUAUAUUCAUGGCCAAAAGUUUUGAGAAUGACACAAAAUAUUAAUUUCUCCAAAGGUUGCUGCUUCAGUGUCUUUAGAUAUUUUUGUCAGAUGUUAAUAUGGAAAACUGAAGUAUAAUUACAAGCAUUUCAUAAGUGUCAAAGGCUUUUAUUGACAAUUACAUGAAGUUGAUGCAAAGAGUCAAUAUUUGCAGUGUUGACCCUUCUUUUUCAAAACCUCUGCAAUCCACCAUGGCAUGCUGUCAAUUAACUUCUGGGCCACAUCCUGACUUAUGGCAGCCCAUUCUUGCAUAAUCAAUGCUUGUGGGUUUUUGUUUGUCCACCCGCCUCUUGAGGAUUGUCCACAAGUUCUCAAUGGGAUUAAGAUCGGCGGAGAUUCCUGGCCAUGGACUCAAAAUAUCUAUAUUUUGUUCCCCGAGCCACUUAGUUAUCACUUUUGCCUUAUGGCAAGGUGCUCCAUCAUGCUGGAAAAGGCAUUGUUCGUCACCAAACUGUUCCUGGAUGGUUGGGAGAAGUUGCUCUGUGUUGGUACCAUUUUUUAUUCAUGGCUGUGUUCUAAGGCAAAAUUGUGAGUGAGCCCACUCCCUUGGCUGAGAAACAACCCCACACAUGAAUGGUCUCAGGAUGCUUUACUGUUGGCAUGACACAGGGCUGAUGGUAGCGCUCACCUUGUCUUCGCCAGACAAGCUUUUUUCCAGAUGCCCCAAACAAUCGGAAAGAGGAUUCAUCAAAGAAAAUUACUUUACCCCAGUCAUCAGCAGUCCAAUCCAUGUACCUUAUGCAGAAUAUCAGUCUGUCCCUAAUGUUUUUCCUGGAGAGAAGUGGCUUCUUUGCUGCCCUUCUUUACACCAGGCCAUCCUCCAAAAGUCUUUGCCUCACUGUGCAUGCAGAUGCACUCACACCUGCCUGCUGACAUUCCUAAGCAAGCUCCGGUGGUACCCCGAUCCCGCAGCUGAAUCAAAUUUAGGAGACGGUCCUGGCGCUUGCUGGACUUUCUUGGGCGCCCUGAAGCCUUCUUCACAACAAUUGAACCGCUCUCCUUAAAGUUCUGGAUGAUCUGAUAAAUGGUUGAUUUAGGUGCAGUCUUACUGGCAGCAAUAUCCUUGCCCGUGAAGCCCUUUUUGUGCAAAGCAAUGAUGACGGCACCUGUUUCCUUGCAGGUAACCAUGGUUGACAGAGGAAGAACAAUGAUUCCAAGCACCAUCCUCCUUUUGAAGCUUCCAGUCUGUUAUUCAAACUCAAUCAGCAUGACAGAGUGAUCUCCAGCCUUGUCCUCGUCAACACUCACACCUGUGUUAACAAAAUAAUCACUGACAUGAUGUCAGCUAGUCCUUUUGUGGCAGGGCUGAAAUGCAGUGGAAAUGUUUUGGGGGAUUCAGUUCAUUUACAUGGUAAAGAGGGACUUUGCAAUUAAUUGCAAUUCAUCUGACCACUCUUCAUAACAUUCUGGAGUAUGUGCAAAUUGCCAUCAUACAAGCUGAGGCAGCAGACUUUGUGAAAAUUAAUUUUGUGUCAUUCUCAAAACCUUUGGCCACAACUGUAUUUACUCUGUUCCAUCUGACUGCUCAAUCCACUGUCUCGUCAGCCCCGCCAAGCAAUUUAUAAACUUGAUCUCCACUACAUUAUCUCACAUUUCUUUUAGACUAACAUUUUGUUUUCAACAGCGGAGACUUGUAUAAACCUUGCUGUCUGACAUUUGCAACAUUGUUUCAAUAUUCAAAUUCUAUCUCCAGCUGUCUCAUAGUAAUGAACAUGUCAGGAGUCGAAAAGAGACAAAGGUAUUAUAACUGUGGUAUAAGUGGGAUAAUCAACCCUGAGCUCUAUGCAUUCUAUGGAAAAUAAUGUAACUCGGUGGAAGGUUAGUGCCAUUCUGCUGCGCACCUUGGCACACACCUUCCACGUUGUGUAUUAUUUUCUAUAGACUGCAUAUCCCCUCGUUGAUUACCUUUACAUAAUUACUUGUGCCUACUUUUGUAUAUUUAAUUUUCACAAUGUUAAAAGUGUUUUUAAUUGUAUUUUUAAAUCAUCACUGUAUGUCUAAUACAUCACUGUGUUUGUUUAUUUCAUGAAAAUAACUACAAAUAUAUUUUUUGUCAUUUAUUUCCCUGAGCCUCCUUUCGACAUUGAAAUUCUCAGUCUGAUCGUUUGGGCGUUGAUACAAAUUAAAAUAUAUUUACUAUAAAUA